AAUCCAUGUACGAACCGGGAACGGAGCAGAUCAACUGCAACGGCAGACUGAUUGAAUUGCCCACCUUGGAGGUUGUUCGUCCAGCUCCCAAAAUGCCCAGCGAUGCCAACAUUGAUUGGUUGCUCCACAUUUAUUUCACUCGCCGCGAAUUCACGCGCUGCCGCCGACUCAUCGAACGUGAGCUGAAUCGCCAUUUGAAUCCCGAGUACCUGUACUUUGUCCAGGGUCUAAUUGACCGUGAAGAGGGCAACCACAUCGAGGCGCUCAGACAUUUGCAAAAAUCAGCGGAGCUCAAUCCCAGGAAUAUCGAGACUUACAAGGAAAUCGGCCGAACACUAUACAUAAUGGGCCGUUUUAGUCAGGCUUUGGGCGUUUUUCGGGAGGCGGAACAAAGGAGCAGUCGACAGGACCACGAGAUUUACCAUUAUCUGGGCGAGCUACUCUAUAGAGCGGCCACGACGCAGAGUCAAAAGGAUGUGGCCAGCCAGCAGCAGGACGAGGCCAGGACCUAUUUUGAGUUGGCCGUGCAAUCCGGCCGGAAGCUGGAAAGCUACGUUCGUUUGGCGGAGUUGUAUCGCAAGGACAAACAGUACCAGAAAGCCAUUGAAAUUCUAGAGAACUGUCUACACUUGACUCCUGAGAACUCGGAGGUUCUGAUUGAAAUCAGUGUGCUGUAUUUGAAAAUCAACGAAACGCAAAAGGCACACGAUCGUUUAGCGGAAGUCGUCAGCAUCGAACGGAAAUGCUCGCCCAAGGGACUUCUGGCCUUUGGUGCCAUUUUGCAGUCCCGCAACGAUAUCGAUGGCGCCCUCAGCAAAUACAGCCAAAUCGCAAACGCUGAGCCGGAAAUUGCCGAGCUGUGGAAUAACAUCGGAUUGUGCUUUUUCAAGAAGCAGAAGUUCAUUGUGGCCAUUUCAUCGCUGCGCAAAUCCGUUUGGCUAUCGCCACUUAACUACAAUGCCCUUUACAACCUCAGUUUAAUCUACAUCGCAUCUGAACAAUACGCCAGUGCCUUUCACACGCUGGCCGCAGCCAUAAACCUGCGCAAGGAUAAUGCCGAGUGCUACAUGCUCCUGGGCCUUUGUUUGCGAAAGCUGGACGAUAUGGAGAACGCAUUCGUGGCCCUCGAAAGGGCCAGUUCCAUGGCAACUGGCCAACAGGGAGCCGGACGUAAUCCCUUGGUUGUGCUGAACUUUGCACUGUUUUGCUACGAAACCGGCAGAUUGGCCCUGUCCACGGAGCAGUAUAACCGGUUCAUGAGUCAGGCGCAGGAUCUUCUGUUGCCAACGGAAUACAAAUUCCAAGCCACCAAGCUGAAAUCCCUGCUGCGCAUCUCGAAUCAGGGCAAUGGCAUCCUGCUGGAUUCCGCGGAUAUGGGCGAGUCUGAUUUGGGACACAAUCGGGCCACGGAACUUCUGCCGGACGAAUUGCCACUGGAGGUGAAUGCUGUUGUCAGUCAGAAUUAGAUGUUCAUUUUUCGGUAAUGGAAAGCAAUAAACGUUUCAUUUGUAUGCAACUCA